AGCGCAUUAACUCUUCCGGUCGGCUCUUCCCCCCCAGUCCGUUCAGACGACACGACUCAUCACUGUCCCACUCCGUCCGGUCUCCUGAUAAUUUCACCGUCCGCUCGUCGUCCCGUCGUUUGUUUGAGAACAAAAAUGCCUUUAAAGUUCGAGCUGUGUCCCGGAAGGAUGAUCGGAGGGAACCACCCGUGCUUCAUCAUCGCCGAGAUUGGACAAAACCACCAGGGGGAAAUUGAGAUCGCCAAGAAAAUGAUCAAAAUGGCAAAGGACUGUGGUGCAGACUGUGCCAAAUUCCAGAAGAGUGAAUUAGAGCACAAGUUUAACAAGCGGGCCCUGGAGCGCCCCUACACCUCCAAACACUCCUGGGGGAAAACGUACGGGGAGCACAAGCGCCAUCUGGAAUUCAGCCACGAGCAGUACAGGGAACUGCAGAAAUACGCAGAGGAGGUGGGGAUCUUCUUCACUGCCUCUGGGAUGGACGAGAUGGCAGUGGAGUUUCUCCAUGAGCUCGACGUGCCUUUCUUAAAAGUGGGAUCAGGGGACACCAACAACUUCCCCUAUCUGGAGAAGACUGCAAAGAAGGGACGUCCCAUGGUGGUGUCCAGUGGGAUGCAGUCGAUGGAGACGAUGCGCCGUGUCUACAAGACGGUGAAGGAACACAACCAGAACUUCACUAUCCUGCAGUGCACCAGCGCCUACCCUCUGGAAGCUGAGGACGUCAACCUCCGAGUGAUCGCUGAAUACCAGAAGGAAUUUCCUGAUAUACCCAUUGGGUAUUCGGGCCACGAGUCCGGGAUCAAUAUUUCAGUGGCGGCCGUGGCUCUCGGUGCAAAGGUCAUCGAGCGACACGUAACCUUGGACAAGACGUGGAAAGGAAGUGACCAUGCAGCCUCACUGGAGCCCGCUGAGCUGACCGAGCUGGUCCGAUCUAUCCGGCUCGUGGAGAGGGCGCUGGGCAGCAGCCUGAAGCAGAUGUUACCCUGUGAAAAGCCAUGCCAUGAUAAGUUGGGUAAGUCAGUGGUAGCCAAAGUAAAGAUCCCGAAAGGAACCGCCCUGACUCUGGACAUGUUGACGGUAAAGGUGGCCGAGCCCAUGGGCGUCGCAGCCGAGGACAUCUUCCAGCUGGUCGGCAAGACGGUGACGGAGGACGUGGAGGAGGACGAGAGCGUUGCGCCAGGGCUGGUGGACAGCUACGGCAAACGGGCCAAGUGCUGAGGAUGGAAGAGAGGUUUGAUACGAGUUUUGGGGGGGAAAUAAGGCACUUAGUUUGAGAGGAAAUUAAAAUAGUUUCCUCUGGAGCAGAAGUCGACGCAUGCAGGAGUGUGAUGUUUGGUGCUGCUGAGAUUCCUGACAUUCAAGUCAAUGGAUGGUCAGUGAGCAACAGUGUAACUGGACAUUAUAUUAGAGUCUGAUGAUGUGAAUAUUAUCAGAGCUCCUGUGGUCUGAAAACUCUGCUCAGCUUUUUCUUUUUGUACUUUUCUUAACGUAAUGCUCAGACUUUUUGGCAGACAUUGUCCCAAAUAGACUCAUCGUCUUACAAGAAGCUCAGUAGUAGUUUCAUGUUGUAGAUAGGUACUGCAGCUGAUAUCACAGUACCUACAGUAUUUGUCCAGAAGUCAGUAUAUUCCUGUUAUAUCUUCUCAUUGAGCUGACAGCAUCGUCCACUAGUACGAGGUUGUCUCUAGUUGUUGAAAUUCCUGUUACUGAGUCAAUCAGGUGUUUGUUUUUUGUUUUUACAGCCGUUUAACCUUGUUUUUGUCAUCAACUGGACUUCUUCUGUCUUUGCUCCGACACCAACAGUGCCCACUGACCCAUAAUGUAAGGAUGAAUUAUGUUACAAUACAUCUGUUGAUAUCUGCUGAGAGAAAUCUACAAUGAUCUGAAACGAUGAAGCCUCCAAAUAAAAUAUCAAUAUUGCCAAAA